AUGAGGACAGAGAACCAGAGCAGCCUGUCUGAGUUCCUCCUCCUGGGGCUCCCCAUCCGGCCAGAGGACCAAGCCACGAUCUCCACCCUGUUCCUGGCCAUGUACCUGACCACAGUGCUGGGGAACCUGCUCGUCAUCCUGCUCAACAGUCUGGACUCCCGCCUCCACACCCCCAUGUACUUCUUCCUCAGCCACUUGGCCUUCUCUGACAUCUCCCUUGCAUCCAUCACUGUUCCCAAAAUGCUGAUGAAUAUUCAGUCUCGGCGACGUUCCAUCUCCUACAAGGGAUGCAUCUCUCAGAUGUAUUUUUUUGUUCUGUUUGGCUGCCUGGACAAUUUCCUUCUCGCAGUGAUGGCCUAUGACAGGUAUGUGGCUGUCUGUCAUCCGCUGCGCUAUAUCACUGUCAUGAGGGAGGAGCUUUGCAUCUGCUUAGUUGCUGGGUCGUGGUUCUUCUGUUGUGUCCAUGCUCUGCUGCACACCCUCCUCUUGAUCCAGCUAUCUCUCUGUGCCAAUAACACUGUGCCCAACUUCUUCUGUGACCUCACUGCCCUCCUGAAGCUGAGCUGCUCAGACAUCUCCCUCAAUAAGCUAGUCAUCUUCACUGAGGGAGGAUUCCUUUUCAUCCUGCCUCUGAGUACCAUCCUGGGCUCUUACAUUCACAUAGGGAGCACUGCCUUGAGGGCCCCCUCCACAAAGAGAUUCUUGAAAACCUUUUCUACCUGUGGCUCCCAUCUCCUUGUGGUGUCUUUGUUCUACGGGACACUUGCGGGUGUUUAUUUUUUCUCUUCAUUCCAGAACUCCAGCGACAAAGACAUAGUUGCUUCUGUUAUUUAUACAGUAGUCACACCCUUGCUGAACCCUUUCAUCUACAGCCUGAGGAACAGAGAUAUAAAACAGGCUCUAGAAACAGUUGUCUCUAGGGCCAACUUCUUUAAGUGA